AUGUCUACCACCGAAAAUUCACCGCUUUAUCCUUCGGUGGUUCAGGAAGGAAAUAUUAACAAUUCCUUUACAAGAAAUCAAACUAAUGAGGAAUCGGGUGGACUUAAUUCUAACGAACAAGAAGAUGUAGAUUCCAAUGUUGGAAACAGUUAUCAAAGCGAUGAUUCAGUUGACCGACCUCCAUCUCCAGAAUUAGCGUCAACCGACGUUGAUACUCCCUUUAUAAAUCCUAUUUCUUUUUUGAAUACUAUGCAUCAAAAAUUAAAAACGACCGCACCACCCGUAUACUCUUUCACUCACGAUUCUGUGACUGGUCAAUUUUAUUGUCAGGUUCAUUUCUGCGGACAAACUUAUCAAAAUCAACUUGCGAGGCCUAAAAAACAAGCAGCGAAAGAGGAAGUGGCCAGUAUUGCCAUGAGAGAUCUCUCCCAGAGGAUGCCGGAUAUCACCACUCCAAUUCGUACGGAACUAGUUCGCGCUCAUAUUUCCUCCUCUCAGAAGACUAAAAAUGGGAGCAAAAAAUCUGGUGGAACCGGAAUUAACAAUAUUAACAAUAACAAUAACGGAAUGAUUUCUUCUCGACAGCAACAAGUGCGUGCGCCACAUCCACUAGAACUUAUACCAAAAUCAGCUCAAUGGUACAACAAACAAAUGUCUGGAGAACAAAAGAGACCUUGUGUUAUGCUUUUAGAAUUUUGUCAAAUGCACAGACUCGGUCAUCCCGUUUAUAACUUGAGAGAUGAUGGAAGGGGGAAUUACCUAUAUGACUGUACGGUAAUCGGUCGCGUCUUUACCCCCGAGUUGGCGUUUUGGCAGAAGAAUGAUGCCAAAGAUCAUAUAUCUUCCAUAGCUUUCAAUAUUCUUUACACAGAAUUCUGUGAACGCGAAGCAAUGGAGAUUCAAUAUAAGCAUGGUCACGUUCCGCUACCGCCUCACACUCCACCACCGCCAUACGGUAAUACUAUGACAUUAUAUCCCCCAACUGAUGGUGGAUAUAUUCCUGCAAAUAACGUGCCUCUCAUGCCGGCAAAUCACGUUUUCGCAAACAACGGCAAUAAUGUACAGAAUCAUGUAUUAAUUACUAGAAAUUCUUAA